GUGCGCAUUCCUGCCCAAGCGCCUCUGAGUUAGGAACAGAGGAAGCUCAUUCAGUACCAUGAGGCUGCUCUGACUGCUCUGAUCCUUCCCACACAGUCACUGCCUCUCGCUCCACACUGCAAUCCCAGGCAGUUUGCAAACACACACCCAGAGCCUCCCACCCGUGCUGCUGCGCCUCUUCAUUUGCUGCCUGUGGGUCCCACGUGCUGGGGACUUUCUCUGCCCCACACUCUACUUUGCUCCUCUGUGCCCGGAAGAAAGAGGACGUGCUCCCUGGACUUUCCACAGCAAGUAUGGAGAAUAAGAAGGUGAUGAUAACGUUUGAAGAUCUGGCUGUUUACUUUACCUGGGAGGAAUGGCAGCACAUGAACAAAGCUCAGAAAAUCCUGCACAGGGAUGUGAUGCUGGAGACCUACAGCAGCCUGCUCUUCUUGGGACACUGCAUUACCAAACCCGAUUUGAUCUUUAAGUUGGAGCAAGGAGCAGAGCCAUGGAUGGUGAACGAAUUCCUAAAUCAGAACCUUCCAGUUGCCAUGAAGAGUGAUGACAUUAUUAGGACCAACCAGGAAAUUCGAGAAAAAAAUGUUAAGCAGAAUGUUAUUACAAAUAAUAAGACAUCAACUCCCAGAAGAGUUGAAUUAAAUAAAAGACUUAAUUUAAAUUCAAGUCAUGUUUCAAAGCUGAUUAACAAAAAAAGAAAUUAUUCAUCAAUGAAACCUGAGGAAUACAACGUGUGUCACAAUGUGUAUCCCAAUUGUGGGACUGAUCAGCUGCAAGCUAGAGAGAAACUUGAUGCCGCUAAGGUACCUGGGAACUCUGCCCAGUGCUGUGAGCCUCUUAGUGAGUAUCACAAGAUUCAGACUGUGAAGCCUUCAUUGGAACAUAGUGGACAAGGGAAAGACUUCAAAAGGAAGAAGAUAUUCUUUAGAUUUGGAACGGUCCAUAUGGGAGACUCCUGUAAUAAGUCAACUGUCACUGUUGGAAAGACAACUCAAAUAGAAAAAACUCUUCAUAAAAAUGCUAACCUCAGUAAGCAUCAACAAAUCAACACAGGAGAGGAACUCUAUGAAGAUAUGGGAUAUGUGGAACCUCUUCUUUACAAAUCAGAUCUUUUAAUAAAUCAGAGACAACAUAUACAGAAAAAACCCUACGCAUGUAAGCCUCGUGGAAAAUCCUUCAGGUCUAAGUCCUGCCAUACCAUCAUUCACAGUACUUCCUUACAGGAAAACUCACAAGAGUGUAAUGAAUGUGGAAAAGCCAUAUACCCGAAGGUAGAUGAUAUUAGACAUCAGGAAGUUCAUACAGAGGACAAACCUAAUGAAUGUAAAGACUGUGGGAAAGCCUUUGGCAAGAAGUCACAUCUUGUAAUGCAUCGGAGAAUUCACACAGGGGAGAAACCUUAUGAAUGUAAUGAAUGUGGAAAAGCUUUUGGCAAGAAGUCAUAUCUCAUAAUUCAUCACAGAAUUCACACAGGGGAGAAACCUUAUGAGUGCAAUGGCUGUGGAAAAGCCUUUGGACGAAAGGCACAACUCAUAAUGCAUCAGAGAAUUCACACAGGAGAGAAACCUUAUGAGUGCAAUGGCUGUGGAAAAGCCUUCAGCAGUAAGUCACAACUCAAAAUCCAUCAGAGAAUUCACACAGGGGAGAAACCUUAUGAAUGUAAUGACUGUGGAAAAGCCUUUGGCAUGAAGUCACAUCUCAUAACCCAUCAAAGAACUCACACAGGGGAGAAACCUUAUGAAUGUCAUGACUGUGGGAAAGCCUUUGGCUACAAGUCACAGCUCAAUAUCCAUCAUAGAAUUCACACAGGGGAGAAACCUUAUGAAUGUAAUGACUGUGGAAAGGCCUUCAACAGUAAGUCACAACUCAAAGUCCAUCAGAGAAUUCACACAGGGGAGAAACCUUAUGAAUGUAAUGACUGUGGAAAAGCCUUAAGCAGUAAGACACAACUCAAAAUCCAUGAGAGAAUUCACACAGGGGAGAAACCUUAUGAAUGUAAUGACUGUGGAAAAGCCUUCAGCAGUAAGUCACAACUCAAAAUCCAUCAUAGAAUUCACACAGGGGAGAAACCUUAUGAAUGUAAUGAAUGUGGAAAAGCUUUUGGCAAGAAGUCACAUGUCAUAAUGCAUCACAGAAUUCACACAGGGGAGAAACCUUAUGAAUGUAAUGACUGUGGAAAAGCCUAUGGCAAUAAAUCACAUCUCAUAGUCCAUCAAAGAAUUCAUACAGGGGAGAAACCUUAUGAAUGUAAUGAUUGUGGAAAAGCAUUUGUCCAAAUGUCAGACCUGAAGAAACAUCAGAGAAUUCACACAGGAGAGAAACCUUAUGAGUGCAAUGAUUGUGGGAAAACCUUUGGUCAGAAGUCACAACUCAUAGUUCACCAGAGAAUUCACACAGGAGAAUAACCUCAUGAAUGUUAUGACUACAGAAAAGCUUUUUGCUGUAAAUCACAACUCAUAACACCUGAAAGCUUCUUUAAUAAGGCUGGGUGAGUGUUGACAAAUUCAGUUUCUUUUUGUUUGAUAGGUCUUUACUUCACAUUCAACAUAAAUGAGUACUUUGCAGUGUAUAGUAUUCUCAGUGGACUGAUUUUUUUUUUCUCUUAAGAUUCACGCUAUGUCUCUCCAUUCUCUCAUAGAUCAUAAACAUUCUAAUGAGAAGUCGCCUGUGAAUCUAGUUGGAAAUCCUUUGAAAUUUAACUGACAUUUCUGUAUUGCACAUUUUGGAAUUUUUUGUUUUACUGUUAAAAGUUUGCAGUAUCUUCUGGCAGCCUAGAAAGGCCUUCUCAUGAACCUGAGCUGGUGAAUCAAGGGAACAUAAGGUUACAUUUCCUACAUGACACUGUAGCCAUCCAUAAUUGAACAAGGAGGAUGAUCCCUAUAUUUUCUUUGCAGACAGCCCAUCUUCCUGGAAAGCAGAGAGGAUACAGCACAACUCUUGGGCAAUUCUAACUUUUUUAUUAAUGUGUGGUUUAGUAAGUUCAUAUUUGAAAUAAAUGUGCUAUGAAUGAAUACAUUCAAAUAUAGAAAGAACAUUUUGUAUUUUCACUGACUUUACUUCUAUAUAGUUUUGAUAAUUAUACUGUGGUUUGAAAACUCACACCAGAUUAUUGCUGAUAAUUAUUGAGAGAAAUGCUUGUUUGAUGGAUAGAACUGGGAAUGCAUGGAGACUGUACUGCAGAUCCUUCAGUAAAUCUCCAUAUAUAUUUUUUUUUUUUUGACAGGCAGAGCAGAUAGUGAGAGAGAGAGACACAGAGAAAGGUCUUCCUUUUGCCAUUGGUUCACCCUCCAAUGACCACCACAGCUGGCGUGCUGUGGCCAGCGCACCGGGCUGAUGCGAAGGGAGGAGCCAGGUGCUUCUCCUGGUCUCCCAUGGGUGCAGGGCCCAAGCACUUGGGCCAUCUUCCACUGCCUUCCCGGGCCACAGCUGAGAGCUGGCCUGGAAGAGGGGCAACCAGGAAAGAAUCUGGUACCCUGACCGGGACUAGAACCCAGUGUACCGGCGCUGCUAGGUGGAGGAUUAGCCUAUUGAGUUGCUGCGCCGGCCAUAUAUUUCCAUAUGUGCAAGUUAUGCUGCCAACUGUCCAAGAUAUAUUUUCAAGAGAAUAUUUGCGUUUCUUUUUUUCUUUAACCAACUCAAUAUAGACUCACUUUAGCAUUUCAGAAAUUUACCAAUACCUAAUUUCUAGUCAAAUUUAAAGACUACUACCCUUUGGACGUGAAUUACACAGAGAGAGGAGAGUCAGAGAGUGAAUGAAGUCUUCCAUCUGCUGGUUCACUCCCUAGGUGGCCGGAACAGCCAGAGUUGCACUGAUCCGGUCCAGGCUUUAGCAGUUUCUUCCUGGUCUCCCAAGUGGGUGCAGGGGUCUGAGGUCUUGGACCAUCUUGUACUGCUUUCCUAAGUGAUAGCAGAAAGCUGGAAUGGAAGUGGAGAAGCCAGGUCUGGAACUGACACCCAUAUGGGAUGCCAGCGCUUCAGGCCAGGGCAUUAACCCACUGAGCCACAGCGCCAGCCUCACUUGAAUGUAUUUUUAAUUUUUUAUAUAUUUGAGAGCUAGAGAGACAGAUUGACCAAGUGAGAGAGACAGGCAUGUACAAACAGUUCUCAUCUACUCCUCACUCCCUAAAUGCCCAGAGCAGCUGGAAUUAGAUGAAUACUGGCCCAAGUCACCCAAAUUGGGGCACACUCUGCUAGACUACAAUGGUCUACAUGAUCAGGAAAGUGUAGUGAGGAGGUGGAAGAGGGAAUCAAACAAAACCUCUCUGAUGUGGAACCAGGGCAGCUUAACUAGCAUCUUAACUACUAUGCUACAUGCUUGUCCCAUUUUAAACUCUUUUUGCCAUUUUUGCAACUACUGUCCAUGAUUUUCUCUUGGCAAUUCUUCUUCAUUAGUUUCUACCAAGAACUAACUGGUGUUAUGCUCUUCCAUGGACUCCUCAGCGACCUUCAUUAUAUGACCCACCUAAUGCUAUAUGUAGUUUCUCAUUCAUUCCACCCCCUAAUUCACCAUGACUGAUUUGGCCAUCUGUUGCUCCAAAGAAUAUUGUAAAUUCACCUUUUUUGUACCAGAAAUUUUGCUUCUUCCCAAAGCUAAAUUUAGGAUGUGUUAGCACAAUGAUGAGACUGAAUCUAUUUUGGGCUAUGCUAGUAGCCAGAAAGUGUGAUAACAGCCCUGGGAGUGAAAGAAUUUAUGAGUUAAUGGUUAUCAUGUGAAUAAGUGUCAAGAUAAAGGUCCACAAAGAAUAAAGAACAGGGAUUCUAUCCAUAAUUUUUAUUGAUAAAAAAUUAUGCUUUUCAAAAUUAAUUUUAUUUAAAGGAAAAGAGACAGAGAAUCUUCCAGCUGCUGAUAUACUCCCCAGUGACUGCAAUGGCCAGGGCUGAGCCAAGCCAGAAACAGAAACCAGGAGCUUCAUCCAUGUCUCCUAUGUGUAUUCAUGGGUCCAGACACAUGAACUUUUCUCGGCUUUGUUCUCAGAGAUAUCAACAAGGAGCUGGAUCAGAAAUGGAACAGCUAGGACAUGAACCAGCACCCAUCUGAGAUGCUGGCAUCCUAGAUGGUGCCUUUAGCACAGUGACAGCCCCUAAAAUUAUGCUUCUAUCCAAAAAUGACUUUUCAUGCUUUCAAACUUUUAAUUCUAUUCUUUUAGUCACUUCCACAUGGGUAUGGGACAAUGGAUGUAUGUAUUAAUCAUAUUUAUGACUAUUAUCUAGAACAGUGGUCAAUAAAGGUCACAGUUGUUAUUGUUUUAUAUAAGUAUGUGUGCCUAAAUGUGGCACUUAAACCAUGUGAAGUAAACAUUUAAGUGGCAUUAAAUACAUCAUACUGCUUUGCAACCAUCACCAGCAUCCCUCUAAAGAAUUAUUUUUAUGUUUUUCGUUACAUGCCCUACAAAUAACUGCUCUACUUUUUCUGUAUGAAUUGAUCUAUGCUAGAGCCUCAUAUAUGUCAAGUAAUAACAUAUUUGUUUUCUUAUUAUUGGCUUAUUUAAUGUAGCAUAAUGUUUAUGAGUUUCAUUUAUGCAUUUGUUCACAUGUUCUUGUUAAAGCUCAGUAGUUUUUUUCAUCAUGAAACUAAGAUACUAUUUAAUAAAACUUUCUCACUUCAGUCUUUUGUGCAAAACACAAAGCCACACACGAAGAGCAACUUGUUUCCUACCUUGUUUGCUACCUUGUUUUUUCCCUGUUGGAGCUCUCUCUCCCUAAGUCAUCAACUGUUCUCUGUGAGACAGGUACCUGGAAUGUCAGGCUCUUAUCACUCACAGAUUCACUAUCUUUCAUAAUCUGCACAGGAUUCUGAGAGGGGGGUAUCUUUCCCAUGUCUGAGUGCUUAAGAGCAGCAUGGCAUGCCAACUCUAGCCAAAGGAAAGACACGCACAGCACUGCUGCCAUAACAAAGCAAAUUCCUAGCACCUCUGCUGUUGAUGGCAUUUUGAGGAGGUUUCCCUUCGUAGACAAACAGAUAGUGGUGUAUCAGAUCAUAUGUAUGUCCUGUGCUUAGUGGGGGACUUCCUUGAUUCGUUAGGUCAAGACCAUAUGCCCACACGGUGUCUUUGGAGCGUCUUCUCUCCCAAGUGAGGGAAGAUGACUUUCUCUGAAGGGAGUAUUUGGUAUUUAUUCCCAUUGCAUUGAUUUUGGCUCAUUUAUUUUUUGUUAAUGAAUUAAUUCAUCUAACAUUAUGUGUCAAAUUCCCUCCAAAUUCUGCAUUCUUUUCAUAAAGACAAGAAACCCAUGUCUGUUUUGUUCCUGAGACCUCAACAUCUGAGAUAGGAUCCAGCCUAUAUUAAGCAACAAUGGCUCAUCUCAUCAUGUUAAAUAUUUACCAAACAAUCAUGGAAAAGACAACAUCUUCAUUCAAAUCUGUUUUCUUUUUUUCAUUUUUUAAAGAUUUUAUUUAUUUUGGAAGGUAGAAUUGCAGAGAGAGAGAGGGAGAGAUAUAAAGGGCUUCCAAUUGCUGAUUCACUCAUGAAACAACUGCAAUGAUUGGAGUUAGGCUAAUCUGAAAAUAGGAGCAAGGAGCUUCUUCCCAGUCUCCCAUGUAGGUACAGGGGACCAAGCAUUUGGGACAUCUGCUUUCCCAGGCACAUCAUCAGGUAGCUGCUGCGACUUGGGCCAGAGGCAAUAUUGGAUGCCAGUGCUUCAGCUUUUAACAUGUUCAUGUACAUUUUUCCUUGCAAGCUCUGGGAAGGCUGAUAAUGCCAUUUUCUUAUUAGCUACACUUUCCUGAUUCCCACUUCAAGAUGCCUAGUAAAUGGGGGAUGUGUACAUUGUGUGUAUGCACAUGUGUGUGUGUAUUAUUUCUCUCACCAUUUACAAAAUUCAGUGAAAUACACACAUACUGUCUUGAAUUUACUCUUGGGGAAAUGGGUUUUAUUUGAGAAAAGAGAAACUCAAAAAUAACUUUUUUUGAUGGGAAAAAUAGAGAAGGUAGCAGGCCUUCUGUAUCUAAUCUUCAGAAAUUAUGAAAAAGGCUUUUUUACUGAUUGGAAAGGGAGAGUGACAUAAAGAGGAGGGGAAAAAGGGCCAUCUAUAGCCUGGUUCACUCCUCAAAUACCCACAACAUCCAUGGUUUGCUCACAUUGAAGUCAAGAGUUAGAAAUUGCAUAUGGUAUUCUGAUGGGGGUGUCAGGAAACCGAGUACUUGGAUCAUCACUGGAAACCUUCAAGGUUAAUAACUAAGAAGUUGGAUUACAAGCACUGGGUAUUUUAUUUUAUUCUCCCUAAGUACCAAUUAUUGUAAAUGAUCUUUGCCCUAACCAAUCACACCCUGUUGCCAGGCAGUUUCCAAAGCCAUCCAAUCACAGCCUGUUGCCAGUCCAGCUGCACUGUCAUGUGGUUUCUGAAGCCAUCCAAUCAUGGUCUAUUGCCAGGCAGUCUCCAUUGUCAUGUGGUUUCUGAAGCCAUCCAAUCACAGCCUGUUGUCAGUCAGGCUCAGCUGUCAUGUGGUUUCUGUAGCCAUCCAGUCGCACCCUGUUGCCAGGCAGUUUCUGUUGCCAGUGGCCAUCUUGGCAUGGCCUUCUCAUUCCACCACAGCUUGUUUAUUUGUUCUUUGCAAAAGAUAAUGUUUUGGGGAAGGAAGCAAAUAUUUUACCAACAAAUUCCAUUGGGAUCCCCUACAUAUUCAGCCAUAUGACUCCUCACAUUCCUACCUCCUGAAGAUAGAAACCCUAACAUCUGUUAGGGGGAGCUGGGCAAUGAUCACUCUGGAUUCUUCAUGCUGAAAAGGGGUUUCUUUGGGAAGGGAUGUCAAGACAGGGUUUCAGCAGGAGGUGUCUUCUCAGCAGGAGGUGGCUUUUCCAGAGGAAUGCAGUGCCAGCUUGCAGAAACUGCUUCCAUUGGAUGUUUCAUGUUCAUGGCCACCUAGAAUUUUCCUUUUUUCUAAGUCUGAAGAAAAUGAAUCUAACAAGCAGUGUAAACUCACAGGAUCUAAAGCUGAGGACAGAGUCAUUAUUUGAGGCCCUAAGAAAAGUGUCUAAAUCAUGAGCAAGUUUUUUCAUUGAGAGGCUAAUACAAACUGACAGAAAGGGCUUGAAAACAAACAGGUAGGCUUUCAGGCCUUAUCAAUUAUGAGGCUCAGACCUAUCUAUAUCUCUUUACAUGUGGUACAUCAUAAAGGGGGUACCCUGUUGACUUCCAUUACCUAGCUGGCUGGGGAGGAGAGCUGGCUCAAGGAGAAAGUAGGCAGCUUUCUAAAAGGAAAACAUUUUUAGUUAAUAUACAGUUCUGCCUGCAAUGUUGUUGACCUUACUUGACCAUCCCCCCAACAGCAGUUGUUACUUUGGAAGCUGGGCUGAGUGGAGGGCUUUUCAGCUUCAAGAGACUAAGGCCUGUGGCUCUGACCUGAAGCCCUUCGACUCCAGGGCAGGUCAGUUUCCAGUGACCCAACUCUUGGCUGGCAUAGCUGCCAGGGCUUUUCAUAAGCUGACUUCUGCUGAAGCCCUGGCUUUCCACAUCAAAAACCAAUGUAGUGGACUGGCCUGUUGGGUCUCUUUGGUGGGAAAUUACUGUGUAAAGCAGCCAUUAAUUGGCCUGCCACUUAUCUUUAUAUUGCUUCUGCAGCCUAGCUUCCUCUUGGGUUUUGUUAACAUAGACCAAAUUGAAUCAUUGAUACAAAAUGAUUACUCAAAUGCUUUAAAAUAAGCACAUAUUUAAACAACGCAUAGCUCUUAGUUAAAAAAAAUCAACUGUUUUUAAACAAUUAGAACUUAACAGAGACAUUAAGAGAACACAAUACAUUACUUCAACAGAACACAAAAUAUAUUUUUGUUCAUCCAAAGAAUCGCAAAUAAAACAAAAUAGUUAGCACAUGGAAUUAUAAGAAAGCUUGGAACAAUUUUAACAGAGUUAGAACUAAGGAAGAGAAAAUAGUGUACUGGAGCUAGUUAGAAAACUGACAGAGUCACUAAUUUAAAAAAAAAAAAACUAUUAAAAAAUAUAAAAGGCAGUUUUAAAAAUAGAUUUUA